GGAUUUCCCCGUUUCGCUGACAGCACUCUCAUCCAUUGGUGAAGUUGCUUUCGGUUUUGUAACCUGAAAACCAUCCCUGUCUUGCUUCCUUGCCUCUAUAAAGUGACGCAUUUGAAAGCAAGCAAGAUUUUUACAGCUGGUUCUGAAACAACAUUAAUCAGCCGUUGCUCGGAGUCAAAGAUGGUGAACUGCUGGGGACUGCUGACGGAAAAGAAUGAACCUGUGCCUCUUAAACAGGUGGAGGUGGAGGUGCAGGUGCGGGGUCAUGUGGCCUCAGUCAGCUCCACAUUGCAGUAUGAGAACAAAGAGGAGCGCCCUCUAGAGGCCAUCUUUGUGUUUCCUCUGGAGGGAGAUACAGCCCUCUGCCACUUCAGUGCCAAGAUCGGGGAGACCGAGGUGGUGGCAGAGCUGCAGGAGAAACAGAAGGCUAAGGAGCGGUAUGAUGAUGCGAUAAGUUCGGGGCAGCAGGCCUUCCUGCUGGAGGAGAGCGAGGAGAGCCCAGACGUCUUUCAGCUGAGCGUGGGGAGCUUGCCCCCGGGAGAGAAGGCAUCUGUGACCCUGUCCUACGUGACCGAGCUGGCGGUGCAAGCCGACGAGGCGCUGAGGUUCUGUCUGCCCGCUGUUCUCAACCCCCGCUAUGCCCCCCAGGACAGUGGAAGUGUACCCCAGGUAACCUCUGCUCGUUCAGUGCCCUAUACUCUGUCACUCAGCGUUCAAUUGUCCUCUCCAAGUCCCAUCUCCAAGGUGGAGUCCAACUGUCCCCUUGAACCCCUGAAGUAUCUGAACACUGAGAAGACACAGGCCACGGUGAAUCUGUCCCCAGGUCACACGUUUGACCGUGAUGUUGAACUGUUGGCAUACUACAGUGGUGCCCAUCAGCCCACUGCCAUUGUGGAGAUGGGACAGCCCAAUGCCAAGUCUGGCUCCUUGAUGGCUGACCCUGUGGUCAUGCUAAGCCUUUACCCAGAGUUCCCAGCAGCAGUGACAUCAUCGCUGGCCUCCUGCGGGGAGUUUCUAUUCCUGGUUGAUCGGUCUGGCAGUAUGCGCUGUAAAAUGCACAGCGGUCCGGGGGCACAAUUGCGAAUUCACAGUGCAAGGGACACGCUGCUGCUGCUGCUGAAGAGCCUCCCCAUUGGCUGCUUCUUCAACAUCUACGGCUUUGGCUCCACCCAUGAUUCUUUCUUCCCGAAGAGUGUGGAGUACAGCCAGGAGUCAAUGGACCAGGCCCUUGAGAAAGUUGGGGUGAUGCAGGCAGACCUGGGGGGCACUGAGAUCCUCUCGCCCCUGAAGCACAUCUACAGCCAGCCCUGCCUUCCGGGGCACCCCAGACAGCUUUUCAUCUUCACCGACGGAGAAGUGUGGAAUACAAAGGAGGUUCUGGAUCUGGUGAAGAGAAAUGCCCUCUCUCACAGGUGUUUCUCGUUUGGGAUAGGAGAGGGAGCCAGCACUGCUCUGAUCAAGGGCAUGGCCAAGGAGGGAUCUGGCCACGCCCAGUUCAUCACCGGAACGGACAGACUACAGCCCAAAGUGAUGCAGUCUCUUCGCUUCGCUCUUCAGCCCGCAGUGAAGGACAUCGCUGUGAAGUGGAAUGUUCCACAGGGCGUGUCUGUCACCCCCCUGUCUCCCCCGAUGAAUGUGCUGUUCCAGGGUCAGAGGUCACUGCUGUACGCUGAGCUCACAGGGCAGUUUGCAGAGGCUGCAGAGGGCUCUGUCAGUGUGCAGUACCAUCUGGGGGAGCAGUCUGUACAGAACCAGCUCAGCUUCAGCGUUAAGCCUGGAGAGAAUACUGGGCUAACCAUCCACAGGCUGGGGGCUCGAACCCUCAUCCGCACCCUGGAGACAGAGCUGAGAACAGCAGAGCAGGAUGAGCAGGAGGGGCGUAGCAAAAAGGAGGUGGAGCGUUUGAGGAAGAGAGUGAUUGAGCUGAGUGUCCAAUCAGGAGUGAGCAGUGUCCUCACUGCUUUCGUUGCAGUGCAUGCUGGGAGCUCAGAGCCCGUAAAAGGGUCACUGGUGCGCCGACAUGUGCCCACACCUAGAGCAGGGAUUCUGAUGCGUUGUGGUGGUGGACCAGUGCCGAAUGUUUAUAGGUCUCUUGCAUGUGCAGGCCCCAUUAAUGCUGGAGGCCCACGUAAGGUUAAGAAGAAAGGGUUUUUCCGCUCUUUGAAGUUUAAAUGUGCCUCGGCUGGAGCACCCCCCCGUCCUACACGAAACUUUCAGAUGCUCAGCAUUAGCUGUGAUGACAGUGAGAUUGAACCUGUGAGCUUUACCUCUCAUGCUGACAUGGAAGUGCCGGAGCCCCCCCAGCCACCAAAGGAUGUUCUGCUCCAGUUGAUCUCCCUGCAGAAAGCCAGUGGAUCCUGGGAUCUGGUAGCGGAACUGGCCGAGGUGUUUGGAAAGACUGAGGAGGAGGUGGCAAAGCAGAAACCCUCCCAGGUAGACAGUGGUGUUUGGGCCACAGUUCUGGCACUGUUGUGGCUUCAUGGCUUCAGGCAGGAAGAUGAGGAUGAGUGGCAGCUGGUUGCGAUGAAGGCUGUUUCUUGGAUCCGAGCACAGAAGGGAGGCAGUGUGUCUCAGUGUGUCCAGGCAGGUAAUGCCCUGCUGGGUUGCCAGGUGCAGCAGGGGACCCUUGGGCUGUGAGAGUGAUAUCCCUCCUACUUUUCAGCCCCACCCCUUUCUGGGCCCCCAUAUGAGCCCAACCCCCUUGUUCCCUUGUUACAGUCAUUUGAUCCAGUGAGCAAAGUAAUGCCUCAUUCAUAACAUACCACUGUUAGCUGCUUAUAUUUUAACAAAGAGGAACGUUUGCAGCAUCAGCAAAAGGAAUGGUGGAGCUCAGGAGACACGUAGAGCUUGGAAGGCUAGUGGUACGAUGCUAACAGUGAGGUUAAUCUGUUGGGUUUGUGAUGUUUGUGCGUUUGCCGCUACUUUCUAAUUAAACUGACUUUCCAGAAAUACAA